AUGUGGGCUCCUUUGGGACGUGAUAUGCCAAUAAACCUUGAACAAUGUGUUAAAUCAUGUCGACUAGAUCCAUUGAUUUAUCUCUACUUUGUGGAAUCUAAAAUCAAGUUUACUGAUCGAGGGAAUGAAGUUCAAAGGGUUUUGUUGAAUCAAGAAGAUAUGGCUAUCAAGAUUGCAACAGAGAAUUGUGUUUCGGCUUCGGCUAAGAUUAUUAGCAAUCCAAUUGAUGGUCUUGGAGAUGAUGAUUCAAAUCAAAUGUUAGAGGUUUGGGUCUUGAAUGGUUUACCUAUUGAGGUAGAUAUCGAAGAGACUAAACCAACUUAUGGAUUACUCUUGGAACAAAUUGCACGGUAA